UCGAGAACUAGCGCAGGAUUUUUUCUUCUUCUUCUGAGGAGCACCCAAACGCAUCACCGGCGAUUGUAGACGAAAAGCAAAGAUGGAGGACAGCUCUUCAAAACAAAUGCCCGAAAACCUGGACGACCCUCCGAACAGCCGUCUGUUCGUGGUCACCAGUCGGUCUAUAACUGAAGACGAGCUUCGGGAGAGUUUUUCGAAGUUUGGGGAGGUUCAGGGGGUCUGGCUGGUCAAAGACAAGCAGACAAAGGAGCCCAAAGGCGUCUCAUAUGUGAAGUUCGCUAAGUCGUCACAGGCCUGCUUAGCCAUGGAGGAAAUGCACGGAAAGGUGCUGCAGGAGGGGACUAAACCGAUAAAGGUGUUUAUAGCACAGUCACGAGGAUCAGCCAGACACAGAGACGUUGAGGAUGAAGAGCUGACCAGGAUCUUCAUCAUGAUUCCCAAAACUUUCACAGAGGAGGAUCUGAAAAACACAUUCAGAGAGUACGGAGAUAUUGAAUAUUGCAUCCUGAUCAGAAACAAAGUCACAGGUGAAAGCAAAGGCCUUGGCUACGUGCGCUACUACAAACCCUCUCAAGCUGCCCUUGCCAUCGAGAACUGUGACAAAUCUUACAGGGCCAUCCUGGCUGAACCCCGCAGUAAAAAUAACUCCUCCGAAGAUUACUCUGCAGGAGGGGCGAGGGGGGGAGAUUACAGCUCCAGUGACUCCACGAACCAAUACCCCAUCAUCACCCCUGAUCAGGGGAACUACUCCAUGAUGGACUACCGCCAGAGCGAGUUCACCCGCUCUCUGAUGGUGUCCACACGGGCCGCGCUCACCCAGGAGCAGAUCUUUGCUCUGUUUGACCUCAUCCCAGGAAUGGAGUACUGUGAGCUUCACAGAGACUCGUACGGUAUGAGCAAAGGUCACGCUCUGGUUCGCUACAAUAAUCUCGGAUCAGCAAUUUAUGCCAAGGAGAAGCUGAACGGCUUUGAGUAUCCACCUGGCAACCGAAUUCAAGUGGCUUUUUACGAAGAUGGAGAGAGCCCUGCAGGCCGGAUGGCCACUCAGUUUGUUACAGCCCAGAUCCUCUCCUCAGUGUGGAACGGAGCCUCCAGCAGUAUGAUCAAACCCGCUGGGUUCUCGUCUGUCUCACAAAUGUCUCGCAUUCAGACGGACGUUACCCUGCCGCCUCUGAAGAAGCUCGCUCCUUCCGACAGUAAGGCCAAAGAGCGCCUGUUUGUUGUCUUCAAUCCCUCCCCGCUGCCGCUCGACGUGCUGGAGGACGUGUUCUGUCGCUUCGGUUCCCUAAUCGAGGUCCAUUUGGUUCCAGGAAGGAAGGUUGGAUACAUGAAGUAUGCUGACAAGCAGUGUGCAGAUGAGGCCAUGGCCGUGCUCCACGGUCGGAUCGUCAACGGAGUGAAGAUGAAGGUGAUGCUGGCUGAUCCUCCUCGGGAGGAGUCUCACAAGCGCCCACGGACCUACUAGACCAGAACUGGCAGGUAAGGGUUAUAUUUUAAGGAACAAAGCAAACGAUGUCUAAAUGUUGUAAACACAUCUGCAGGGUUUCCCACAGAAAACUUGCCAAGGAGCGCCAGGGCGGUCAUCCUAUGGCCCACCGUGUUUUUGAGUUAAUUUUUUUUUAAAGUUGACAGGAAAUUUGAAAAUAUGACUCGGUAAUUAUGUAUUAUUGGAAGAUAUUAUUAGCAAUACCUAAACACCAACUGUAAAAAUCUUAAAAGGCAAACAAAAGAACAUCUGUUUCAGUCAUUUCAUACUAAUUAAAGUAUCCAAAAUUAGUUGGCCCUUUAUCCAUGACUUGUCACUUUAUUUGCUGAAUUUCUUGGCAUGUAGACCAGUAAAAGAUUGGCAGUGGUUCCGGAAACCUUUACAAAUAAACAAUUCUUAGCCUGGUGGGGUAUAAGUCGAGCCUAGUAGCCCGCCAGGCUUCCAAAACUCUGGGGGAAACCCUGUAUCUAACACCUCAGAUCAUUUCUCUCAUGGUAUUGUAGUUAGAAUGGUGUGCAUGAGUUUCAGAUAGGGCUGGGCGAUGAGGAUUAAAAAUAAAAUCCAAUUUAAAAAAAAGUCUUUCAAACCAGAUCCGUUUUUUAAUUUUAACCAUUUUUAGUUGGCUUUUUUAGGCUUUUUAAAAUUAUUAUUAUUAUUGCUCUCUCCCUUGUCUAAAAUAGAAAUGACAAGAAUAUAAAUAUCAUUCCUUCUGUGAGUUGUAUGUCUGAGCAUCAGGGCCAGGCUAUGAUGUUUGUUUAGAUCAGAGAAUACGAUCAUAAUAUUAGCAGAACCCUUCCCCCAUAAUUCAUAAUGGUUUUUUUAGCCAGAAAAAAACCAUUAUGAAUUACAUUUUAAAAAAACACUGUAAAAAAUUACAAAAGAAGAGUGUAACUAUCAGGACCUGAUGUGACCACCUCAGUUUGUGUAGUUCUUUUUCUAAAUAAAGUCAAUUAUUUGCAUGUUGUUUUAAAGUUCUACUACUGAUAAUAAUUCAACGCUGAUCUGAUAAAAGAUUGUUAUUUUUAAAACUGAUUACAAAGAAUAACUUCAAAAGAUGCUCAACAUUUCUCAUUGUAAUUAAACAUUUUUAUGUGGUAGUUCUCUUAAAAUUACCACUUUAAUUCUCCUAGUAAUAUAAGUUUAUUCUCAUAAAAUGAGAAUAAUUAAAGUUUUUUAAUUACUUUAUUCCCAUAAUUAAAAAAAAUAAACAUUUUAGCCUGGCUUUAAUGCUUCAUGGUUGAGGUAUUAAAAAUCUAAAUAAAUAGAAACUGUUAAACAUGUUUAUGGAACAAGAUGGCCGCCUUUGGUGUUCUAUGGAAACACAAGGGAUGAAUUGGUGAGAAAAAAUGUUUGUUUUUCCCCCCAAAAAUUAUGUCUUCAAAAUGUGAUGGAUUGAAAAUGUUGAUUUAUCGCUCAGCCCUAGUUUCACAAUAACAUAUGUAAGUUACAGAGCCUUGCAGAAGUCUUCAUAUCCUGCAAACCUUUUUCAUUUUGUCGCAUUUUGUUCAAAAACUUGAAUCUGGUUUAAUGGUUAAUGUUUUAAACCUUCAUUUUUAAUAUAAAAUGUUUUAAUAUUUAUUUUUCGCUCAGUCAGGUUGGACAGAGAGCGUCUGUGAAUAUAUUUUUGCAAUCUUUUAAAAAGACUUUUCUAAGGCACUGUAUCUGUCAGCUUGCAUGCUCUGGCUUUGUUGUUCUGCUUUCAUUUAGUUCCUUAUUUCUUGUUUAAAGGUAAAGUAGACUGACAGCUUGGUGAAAUGAAGCACUGAAAAGAUGUGACCCCAUUUCCUGUUAAUAACACUGCAGCUUUUUGUUCCCCAGGCGACUGUUGUCAUAACAAAACGACACCUGACCUGACAGACCAACAGACACCAACAUCAUCUCCUGACCUCUGACCCGACCCUUUGCCUGACUCGUAUUCAGUCAGUAAGCGUCUUUGUGUUUAAUGAUGUUUCUGUUUAAUUUACAUUUCAAAGCAAGACUUUGUGGAAAAAAAUAGGCUAAAUUUGGAGUUUGAAAAUUAGCUAAUUAUGAUUCAGAAGAUUUGUUUUUGCUAAACUGUGAGCAGGAUCCUGUUUAAGUUUAAAGAACUUGACCUUGAACACUCAGAUCAGAUAUGUAAACCCAUACUGAGCUCAAUUGAAUGUGUUAUUUGGACUGAUUUUUUUUUUCUUUUCAUAAAUAAAAAGUACAUCAAGGUCUGCA